AAGUGAAAUAUUCCAAUUUCGAUUCCCAGAAGAGUUGUUCGGAAGCUGCGCCUGCGCCGUCCGUCCGUCCGUCGGGACCCAUUUACCUCCAGACACAGACACGUAUUGCUUUGUAUCGGGCGUGUGGAAGCUCGAUCUGGCCUUCCCCGCGGUGAUCGUGUCCUCAUUUCUUCCCCUCCUUACAAGAAGGCCGCCAUGGAGGAUCGCCGCCUCCUCCUCCUUUUCCUCUCCCCUCACCGCCGUAUACCGUUCUAACGCCGCCCCGAUCGUGUAGCCCACGCCGUAGCACAUACGCCAUGGUCAGCGAGGACGGCCUCCACGAGGACCGCUACCAUCUGCACCACCAGAACAAGACUCCCGGAGGCGGACUCGUCGUCGGCAAUUACUGCCACGAUGUCCUCUUCCGAGGUGGCUCUCCCGUGAGCCAGACCCUCGGCGGCGCCGCCUCCUUCGUCUCCAACGUCCUCGACGCCCUUUCUCCCUCCCCGCUCAUCUACAUCGCCAAGGUCGGCGACGACUUCGCAUAUCACGUCCCCCACCUGCCCCGCGUCGCCUCCUCCCCAACCACCCUCUUCCACGCACAAUUCCCUCCGGCUCCUUCCCACGGAGGGUACCACGGCGAUCGCAUCCUCCGGCGCGUCCGAGCGUGCGACCCAAUCUCCCCCUCUGACCUCCCCGACGAGGCCAGGUUUGAGUUCGGCCUCGCGGUGGGAGUCGCGGGGGAAAUACUGCCGGAGACCCUCGCCCGCAUGCUCGAUCUAUGCAGCGUCGUUCUGGUCGAUGUACAAGGGAUUAUUCGAUCAUUCGAUCCGAUCGAUGGUACGGUCGGCCUCGUGCCUCUUCGAAGCACCGGAUUCUUCCAUCUCCUUCCGCGAAUUGGGUUCCUCAAGGCCUCAGCGGAGGAGGCGCCCUUCGUAGACAUCGAAGAGGUGCGGAAGUGGUGCUGUGUCAUUGUGACUCAAGGGAAGGACGGGUGUCGGAUCUACUGGAAGGACGGAGAAAUGGACGUAUCUCCCUUCCAAGCUGAGGAGGUCGAUCCCACAGGGGCUGGUGAUAGUUUCUUGGGUGGGUUUGUGGCUGGGUUGGUUUGGGGAUUGACGAUACCAGAUGCAGCGCUUCUGGGCAACUUCUUCGGCUCGCUCACCGUUACUCAAGUCGGGGUUCCAAAAUUUAACGACAGGAUGUUGAAGGUGGGCAUUCUUCUAUUAGAUUUCAUGCCAUAUUUCAUGGAGCACUUCGUAUGUUUGUCAAAUUCUUAUCUGUUCUUUCAACUGCAACUGCUUCUGUGUUCUAAAGGUCCUUUGUCACAUAAAAAUCGAGGGUCUGUAUCAAUCACCUGUUUGCCCCUAGUGACAUUUAGUUCCGAAUACUGAUACAGAACAUGAAAUGUGUUAAGGUGUCAGAACAAGACUAGUUGCUUAUCUCUAAUAAAGGAGAGGAAUUUUGAUUUGAAUUUUAGUUACACUUGUAAUUUAACAACAGUUCAAUGACAUAUGUAAAAGAAACAUCACUUGAUUUGACUGUCUUGUCCAUGUCAAACUGAAAUGCUUUUCCUUCUUUCUUGGAGUUGAAGUUUGAACAAAAAAGCAUGCUUAUUUGAGCUUGCCAGAAUAAUUUAUCAAAAUAAUUAAAAGUAUAUAUUUCAGGUUGUAUAUGCUAGAGGUUAGAAGUUUGACAAAGAAGGAACAUGCUUUUAGUGCAAAUUUCACUGUUGAAAAUCACACCAUUAAAUGCUUUGACGACAAUGAAACAAACACAAUUGGGAGGCUGAAAAUAACUCUGCUGUUAAAUGCUUAAAAUUAAUCACUUUUGUUCAUUCAUUUCUAGCCCUCUAGAAUCAUUUGUUUCAAGGAUUAUGCGAGUCCUUAGUAAAUUAGUCUGAUAGUAUGUGCAUUCCUGUUUGGUUUGCAUGGGAUUUCAAUUUAUCAAGUAAAAUGAGUUUCCCUUUCAUCUAUUGAAGUAUCAAAUUAUCCUUAAUUUUGGUUAAUCAGAUAAUUCAUACAUAAACUGUAAGCCCAAUUUUGAUUUGUUUUUAGCAAUGUCAUUCAUACAUGAAAAAUACGAACGUGCAACUUUAAAAUCAGUAUUUCAUUUGAUAGAGGUGGACGGAAAAGCUAUCUAGGACACUUAUUUAAAGACAAUUUUGUUUUAUUGUUUUUACUAUUUUCUUAGCUAGACUUUUUUUUCUCCAUUUAUGUUUUCCCCUUCCCCCACAAUACAAUUGAACAGGUGUUUAAUACCAAAUGUAGUAGUUUAUCUGUAUCGAAAUGGUGCUCCAGUAGUUCACCUCUGUUUAAGAAAUGGAAAAGAUGGUCUAGAAAAUUUAAUAAUCUUGUCAAUGUCGUGUUUGGAAAACACAGAUGUUUUAUAACCGCUAAAUUAGUAUACAAAAUUCAAUUUUUUCUUGGGGAUUCAGAUUCAAUUAGUCCCAUAUUACCUACAUUUUUGAGCCUUUAAGAUUCUAAUAGAGCUGGCUGAUUCAAGGCAAUCCUAUAUGCUUAAAGUUUUGAAUGAUACUCUUCAAACAACUUGCUGAGAUACCAGAAAAAGUGCACACUUGCUGUUUUAAGAAUAAAUUAUACAGUUUAAAUUGAUUGCUACCAGAAUCGAAAUGUUUUCUGGUGAUACAUUUUCUUUCUUUUCUGGUUUAUCACAAUGGCAUCUACAUUAUUUAUCCCACAGUGAGAAGAAAACUAACGAAAUUCUUGUUUGUGGAAACGAAAUGAAUAUCUGGUUUAUCUCACACUGGCGCCCUCUUAUUGUUCUUCUCUG